AUGGAUAAGAUUAAGGCAAUCCUUCACGGCACUACUCCACAAUAUGAGAAGGAGGUGAAAGAAGAGAAGAAGGCUGAAAAGGCCGAGGAGAAAGUAGAGAAAAAGAUCGAAAAGCAUGGCUCCCCUUCAACCACUAGCGAAGGAAGUCGUCUCGGAAACAACUCCCACUCUACAACUCACCCUACCACUGGUGCCACCCACACAUCCCAUACUACCAAUGUAAAUCCUACACCCGCAGGGGUAGGCUACGCAUCGGGAGGACUGGGUCAAAAUACAAUGAAAACCGAUUAUAACAGUACACCAACUGAUGGUCCCCUCACAACCCACGGACGUCAUGCCGAAAGAGAAAACGUCAUUGGCUCUGAUGGCGUAAACGUUCCACAUAGACCUAGAGAUUCUGAAUUCGGUCCAACCACCGCUACCGGUGCAUCAGGACUGGGCGGCGUUGGAAAUGGUUCAAGUUUUACUGGUCCAAACACAUCUGUUCAUGGUAUCAAUUCUUCAACUCACACAAGCGAGGCCGGACUUAUGGGACACAAUGCUAGAGAUCCUCUUUCAUCACACGAUGGUGGAGUUUUAUCUAACACCACUUCUGGAUUGGGUGGUGUCACCAGCGUUCCUUCAGGGAACCAGUUGGACACCCAUGGCAGAGAUAACAUUGGAAGUCAUGGCACUUCUUCUCAUUAUGGCCGAGAUGCAAUUCUUGGAAGCGGAGCUGUUGGUGCUGCAGGAUUGGCGGAACAUGAGCAUCGAAAGCAUGAAAACACUGGUCUUGCAUCAAACAAUCAGACCUAUGGACAUGCCGAGGACUCUCGCGGACCUCAUAACUCCGCUGCAUUGAAUGCUGCCGACCCACGAGUCGAUUCGCAUAAUAACACUUCCGCCGGUUACGGUACCAGAGGCGCCUACGGCACAAAUACAACCGGUUCUUCGGAACGUCAUCUAGGCCGCGAUGCUGGUGCAGUUGGCACGACAGGAGCUGUCGGAGAGGGCAUUCAUCAUCACAACAAUCAAUACAAUCAAGGUGGUCUCAUUGGAAGAUCUAAUGGACCUCAUACCACCGAGACUGCAAAUCUUCUGGAUCCUAAUUUGAGCAACUCAGGGGUUCACACUGAAGGUGCUCACACUCAUCACGGCCAUGGAACUCAAUCUAAAGGUCGAGUUGAGGGCGGUGGGGCUGAGGAGGCUGACGGUGUCCACGGUGCCAAAGGUACUUCAGCUGGGGCCGGGAUAGUUCCUGUAGGAGCGUAUGAAAGUGGCCGUGGACACAAUACCACCGCGGGACCACACUCAUCUAAUUCGGCCAACAAGGCAGAUCCUAGAGUGGAUAGCGAUCUCUCAAAGCAGCAAGAUCACCACUAUGGACGUGACGCCGUUGUAGCCGGUGGUGUAGGAGGGGCUGCAUAUGAGACCAAUAAGCUUCAUCACAACAGCGCAAGCACUACUGCUGGUCCUCACUCUUCCAACCUCGAAAACAAGGUCGAUCCAAGAGUUGACAGUAACCGCUCUAGAGAACAACAUCAAUAUGGACGGGAUGCAAGUCUUGGCGGAGGAGCUGGAACUGCCACAUAUGAGGCCGAUAGGCAUCACCACAACACCGCAAACACUACUGCCGGUCCUCAUUCCUCGAAUCUUGAAAACAAGGCCGAUCCAAGAGUUGACAGUGACCGCUCCAAGGAAGGACAUCACUAUGGUCGUGAUGCUGCCCUCGGAGGGGCUGCUGCAGGAACAGCUUACGAAGCCAACAAACAUCACAACACCCAUGGUGCCGACCAAAAGCCUUUCGGUAAAGACAUUGGAGAUAAGCUCCACGGUGUUGAGAGAAACCGUGGUGUAAAUGGUCCCACUGGAUUUCCCCACGAAAGCAGUCACUCCACAACAGCUGGUGCAGUAGGGACUGGUGUUCCAGGUGCUCCUCGCGGAAAUGUUCAAGACACCCACAAUACCCAUGGACAUCAUUCAAACAAUACCGACCACCCAAUGCACAACUCCGCCACGGGACCUGAUCAUAUUUUUACUGCUCCUGUCAUGGAUGAUCCCGAGGCCAAUUUCGAUCUCCGAGAGGGAAACAUUGAUCAACAUGAUCAUCGCCAUGGAGGAGUCGCUGGCGUUGGCAACGAUGACCACAUCUACUCUACAGGUGGCGGACAUGAGCACAGCAAGAGCAGAGAAUUGGAGAACGAUAUCAAUUCUGCUCCAUUAGGCAACACUUCCACUACCCCUGGCUCUGGCUUGAGAGAUAAUACCUAUAAUACAUCCUCAGGUACUACUGGUUUGAACCAUGGUUCUGGUUUGACUGGUCACAACACCACAUCUUCCGGAACUAGUGGUUUGAACCAUGGCUCCGGUCUCACCGAUCACAACUCCACAUCUUCGGGUACUUUAGGGUUAAAACACGGUUCCGAUCUAACUGGACACAAUACCAGAUCCACUGGUGUAUACAGUGAUGCCGGUUUCGCCGAACCCAACAUCUCAUCAACCGGAACCAGCGGUUUGAACCAUAGCUCUGGCCACAACACCACAUCUUCAGGUUUCAACCGUGAUUCCGGUUUGACUGGGUCAAGUGGAACCCAUGGUAUGUCAGGCGAGAACAGGUUAGGAGAAUCUUCAGAGUUCGGAAACAACAGUACCAACAAUCGGAUUUUGUAA